CGUAUCCAGAAGGGUAUCGAGGAGAAGAGCGUGAACGCUCUCCUUCUUAAGGUCAACCAGAUCGGUUCCGUCACUGAGUCCAUCGAGGCCAACAACAAGGCUGUCGAUGCCGGCUGGACCGUCAUGGUUUCUCAUCGUUCCGGUGAGACUGAGGAUACCUUCAUCGCUGAUAUCGUUGUCGGCCUCGGCACUGGCCAGAUCAAGACUGGUGCUCCCUGCCGUACCGAGAGGUUGUGCAAGUACAACCAGCUCAUGCGUAUUGAGGAGGAGCUUGGUGCCAAGGCUUCCUUCGCCGCCGGCAAGAACUUCCCUCGUUGCCAGUAA